AUGAAACGAAGUAUGUCUACUCAGUCGUCACUAUUAAAUUUUUUUCAUAAGAAAAACAAUCAACGUGAAUUGGAUUCAGUUGAAAACGUAUUGAGUUUAGUAGAUGAAACGGUUAAAAUGCCACGAUUAAUUGGGCAAUCCAUCCAUCGUAAUAAUAUUCCAGCAGAUUCACCAGAACAGUACUAUAAGAGAUCAAUUUUUUUGCCGUUUUUAGACUACUUCAAAAAUCAAUUAAAAGAAAGAUUUAUAAAACACAAUAACAUUAUUUUUGGUUUGCAAAACUUGCUUCCAUGUUAUCUUAUUAAAUUAAAUACAAGUAGCAAUGAAUUAAAAAAUUGCAUUGAUUUUUACAAAAGCUUUUUACCGACUUAUGACACUUUUGAGUCAGAAUUGAAGGUGUGGAUGGAAAAAUGGAAAUCAGUACCCGAUAAAGAACUUCCAAAAUCUGCAAUCGAUACUUUAAGCGCUAUGUCGAAGGACCUUUAUCCAAUCAUUUGGUGUUUACUAUCCAUACUUGCAACACUCCCCCAGUGUCAACUUCGUCAGCAGAACGUACUUUUUCAACUUUAA